AUGGAUCCCGCUGGUGUAAAAAUGCUCCUUUACACACGACUGGCUCCUCCAAAGGAGCCAAAGAGACGAUCAAGAGCCGGUAACAAUGACAGCCAUAGGCUAUCUCUCUCCCGGAGAUUAUCGGACUUUGGCUACGACAGCGACAGCGCGAGCCCUCCGGAAUCUACAGAGGUGGACUACAUGUUUUCACCACCAGACCUCCACCAAAGCACCUAUUGGAACGCACCUUCACCUACGCCGAGUUACCCUCUCAUCUCUCCCACAGAGUCACUCUUCACACUGCCAGACUUGAGCCACGCCGAAGAACUGAGCGAGGAUGCUGAAGAUGGUAGCGUUGCGAAAUCAUGGACGACCUACACAGCGGUCACUACAGUGUCACGGCCAACGCCUUAUUAUCCAGACCUAGUCAUGAUAGCGCCAUGUCCGGUGACAUCACCUCUGUUCGAAUUUCACUCGCCGGCAUUUUCAGAGUUCACGGAUCGCCCCAACCGACGAGCUCUCGUGGAUCAUUUUUGUAAUAUUCUUUCCCACCUGAUUGUCUUUCGUGAAGAGAGUGGGAACCCCUUCCAGCAAUUGGUGUUGCCAUUGACGCGGCAGAGCUCACCCGUGCUCAAUGCCAUCUUCGCUCUAGCUAGCGCCCAUUUAGAAUAUCGAGGGAUCCAAAACGAGGAGCAUUCCCUCUUCUUCCACAACCAGGCCAUUCAGGGACUUGGACGUCUAAUAGAGCAGAGUGCCAAGUCGAACCGAAACGAAAUUUUGGCAACCAUCAUGUUGCUUAUCUACUAUGAAGUGCUGGUCCAAAGAGGACGAUCAAACCUAGUGGAUGGCCACCUGAAAGGGGCACUUACCAUCAUGUGCACCAAUCCCGAACCAUCAGACUCUACCAGCAUCUUUCUCGAACGGGCCUUCCGCUUCUACGACGUAAUAGCCGCUCUCUCCAACGGCCGCGCCCCCCUCUCGGCCGCUCCCACCGCCGGCUGCCUGAUGCCCUUCCCACCUCUCGGCGCUCCCAUGACCUCCCCUUUAUCCAACGUCGACACCCUCCUCGGCAUGGCCACCACGCUGUGGCCCAUUAUCCACCGACUGUCCAGCAUCGUCACGCUGAAAAGCGACCUCCAAGCCGCCAUCUGGAGCAACGCUUCGGCUUCCAAGAUCGCCGUCCUGCGAACCGAACUCGAAGCAACCACUCAAGCCAUUGAAGCCGCUCUAUCACGCUGGCAACCGCAACUACCCCCUGGCUUUGUCCCCGAUGAAGACAUAGACGAAGAGACGGACAAGACGGAUAAAGUCCACAGCAAGCACCUGAACCACGGUUCAAAAAUCGACGUCAUGUCCCCUACGGUGGCCGAACGCAGUCGUCUGCACAGCAUCUGGAACAAUGCCCUCGCCUAUCGCCACUCGGCCUUUGUCUACCUCUACCGUAGCGUGCACGGCUAUCGGCGCUCUCACAGGGCGGUGCAAGAGCACACGCAUCGCUCGCUUUUGCACUGCGCAGCGACGGUGAAGCAUGAGGGGCCCAUGGGUGCGCUGCUGUGGCCGCUGUUUGUGGCGGCGUGCGAGGCUGUGACGGAAGAUGAUCGCGGGCUGGCCGAGCAAGCGUUUGAAAAGGUCAAGAAGAGGCAGGGGAUGAGGAAUAUUGAGAGGGCGUGGGAGAUUGUGAGGGAGGUGUGGGAGAGGGCAGAUAGGGCUGAGUCUGUAGCUGGCGCUGGGGCUGGGGUGGAUAGGGGAUCGAAGGAGCAGGAGAAGCUGGGGAACAUGGGAACGGGAGAGGAUCUGUGGAGGCAGGUUAGUAGGGAGAUGGGGGUUAGUGUUGUGUUUGGGUGAAGAAGACGACAGGAUGUCAAGGGAGAAAUACCAAACAGGAAGGGUGCUUUGAAAGGGAACAGAUGCAUCGUCCUGUGAAGCGAAGAUGACCUUAGAUCCAAAGUUUCAGGGCCUCUCCGUGGAAGAAUGGGCCUGACAAGCUGAAAAGCAUAAUGGAAACUCUUGGGCAUUUAACCUGCACCUUAAAGAAAGUCC